AUGUUCAACCCAGGACCAGAGGUGACAGUGGAUGAGCGUCUUCUCCCUUUCCGUGGAAAAUGCCCCUUCCGGCAAUACAUGCCCAGUAAGCCAGGCAAAUAUGGCAUAAAAAUCUGGGCAGCCUGUGAUGCGAAAACCAGCUAUGCCUGGAAUCUACAGAUUUACAUAGGCAAACUUGCAGCUGGCAUCCCUGAGAAGAAUCAAGGAAAACGGGUAAUCCUUGAUAUGACUACUGGACUAAAAAAUAAACCUGAGCUGCCCCUUGAAAUUUUGCAGGUGAAAGACAGGGCUCCACUGUCUUCAAAAUUUGCUUUUACAGAAACCACCAGUGUUGUUUCAUACUGUCCCAAAAAGAACCGGAGUGUAGUACUUAUGUCCACUCUUCACAAAGAUGCAGCUGUGUCAACAAGAAGUGACAAAAAGCCUGAAAUCAUCUUGGACUACAAUAAAAACAAAGGAGGAGUGGACACCCUGGACAAGCUGACUGCCACCUACACUUGCCAGCGAAUGACCAGGAGAUGGCCAAUGGUUGUAUUUUACAACAUCCUAGAUACAGCUCCGGAGCACCACUCCAACCACAUCAUCAGCUGCACAAAGUGCAUCAGUGACAACACGCCCUUCAGGCAGCCGGGCUUCAACAUCGACCACACCCACAACUCCACCUGCUUCAAAACGAAAGAGGUGUCAG